AUGGCGGGGAAUGGGAAGCCGUGUUUGAGAAAUUUAACGUUUAUAACGGAAAGUGGAACAGAUGAGAGCUCUUAUCUGGGGCUGAAAGAAUUUAAUUCUAAACAGGUUGAAGAGGAUACAGAACCGCCUGCAGUAUUUCAGUGCGGUCGCUGUCAUCUCCCCGUAGGUGACUCGCUGUCUUGGGUAGGGAGUGAAGAAGAGGACAACCAGAUACUGCUAAAACGUACCACUGACAAUGUUGUUGUUGGCAAAGAACCCUUUGUUUCCCGGACCCGCAAGGAAUUAGGCUGCCUUAUUGUGAACCUGUCCUGUCUUGGCUGUUCCUCACCACUGGGCAGAGUUUACACAUCCACACCAAAGAACUUGGACUACAAGAGGUCCCUAUUCUGCCUAAAUGUUGAAAAUGUGGAUUGUUAUGUGCUUGGCUCCUCAGAGCAGAAAAUGAUACUGGACACACAAGAAGAGCCCGUAACAUUAGAAUACAGAGAGAAUGUCGACGUGCAGAUUGGCAAGAUCAAAGCUAUUGCAGUGUCAAUGGCGCAGAGGCUUUUUGAAAUUGAAGCUAAACUCCAAAACAAAGGACAGUGUUCUGACAAGCACUGGCAGCCAUAG